AGUCUGGAGCCCUGCUAAAUCAACGAUGAUAAUGUUGAAUAAUCCUGCUGUUAAUAAUUCACCUGGUGACAGGUGAGGGGAAAGGACAGUAGACUUUGACAUUUAUUGAACGGAGCUGAGACGCCAUUACAGGGUGUACGAUCUCUGCUGGAAAACACACGACGGGAAGAUUUGAAGCAGUCAAGAGAAGGGACAGGAACUCGGUGAGUCUUGUUUUUGAGAGACAUUUAGAUACAAAGACAGAUGGCUGAGAACACUGAUCUUGUUGAAAGUUACCUGAACUGCCAUGUGUGUUCAGAGACUUUCAGAGAUCCUGUGUCUCUGAGCUGCAGCCACAGCUUCUGUUCAAGCUGCCUGCACAAAUUCUGGAAACAAGCUAAAAUCAAAAACUGUCCCAUUUGUAAAAGAAAAUCCUCAAAAGAGUUUCCUGUGGUGAACUUUGCACUGAAGGAACUGGCUGACAACUUUGCUGGGAGACAGAAAUCUGGAUCACCUGAGACAGAAAAGGGAGAGAAGAAGGUGGAGGUGGUGUGUAGUAAACACCAAGAAAAGCCUAAAUUGUUCUGUAAGGAUGAAGAUAGAGUUGUGUGUACCGUGUGUGAGUUUUCUCUCCACCACGGUCACACGGUGGUUCCUGUAGAACAAGCAGUCAGAGAUCUGAAGGAGCAGCUGAAAUCUGACUUACAGUCUCUGCAGGACAAGAGAGACAAACACAGACGAGUGAAGGAAACACACGAUGAAAUAAAUCAACACUCCAAGAAGCAGCUGCUGUCUACAGAGAGUCAGAUCAGAGCCGAGUUCAACAAGCUGCACCAGUUCCUGAAAGAGGAAGAGGAGUCCAGACUGGCAGCUCUGAGGGAGGAAGAGCAGCAGAGGGGGAAGACUGUCAGCAGAGAGAUGAAGAGGAUUCAGGAGCAGAUCUCCUCUCUGUCAGACAGCAUCUCUGCUGUGGAAGCAGACCUGCAGAAAGACAGCGUGCCGUUCCUCAGCAGUUAUAAAGCCUCUCAGAGCAGAGCCAGAGACCAGUGCUCGCUGUCAGAUCCACAGCUGCUCUCAGGAGCGCUGACAGAUGUGGCCAAACAUCUGGGCAACCUGUCCUUCAGAGUCUGGGAGAAGAUGAAGGACAAGGUCCACUUCUGUCCCGUCAUUCUGGACCCAAACACUGCAGCCAUCAGUCUCUAUCUGUCUGAUGAUCUGACUAGUGUGAGGCAGGGAGACACAGACCAGAAGCUUCCAGACAAUCCAGAGAGAUACAGCAGGUAUGCAGAUGUUCUGGGCUCUGAGGGUUUCAGCUCAGGGAAACAUAGCUGGGAGGUGGAGGUGGGAGAUCAUCCUCGCUGGGUUGUGGGUUUAGCCAAAGAGUCAGCUGACAGGAAGGGAAAAAGAUAUGUUUCACCAGAAGAUGGAAUCUGGUGUUUAUCACAUGGCAGUGGAAAAUACACUAAUGGAUCUGGUAAGAGCAUCACAGUGAAGAAGAGUCUCCAGAGGAUCAGAGUCCAGCUGGACUAUGAGGGGGGGGAGGUGUCCUUCUACAACUCUGAAGACAAGACUCACAUCUACACUCACAGAGACACUUUCACUGAGAAACUCUUCCCUUGUUUCAAUAUCGGACAGGCUGGUGAUGCUAAAACUGCAGAAAUCAAAAUCUUUCCAGCUGAGAUUUCUCUGUCAGGUUCAGAGAACUCAGAGAAGGUGGAGAGAGAAGAGAAGGUGAAGAGAGGAGAGAAGGAGAAGAGAGCGCAAAGUCGUUUAUUAGGUGUAAAAAAAAAAAGAUAAAUUAAGAUUUGAUGUGUUUUAUCAAAUGACCUGAUGGAAAACAUUCCUUGGUUGUUGUUUGAGACACAAAAUAUUUCCAAAGCCCAGAAUGAGAAACUACAGCUGAGCUGCUUUUGGUGUAAAUGUGCUGCAAGAACUGGGAUUUUAAUAAAAAUAUGUUUUCUUUUUAAUUUCCAAGGAUGAGUGUGUGUGUCUGUGUGUGUGUGUGUGUGUGUGUGUGUGUGUGUGUGUGUGUGUGUGUGUGUGUGUGUGUGUGUGUGCGUGCGCGUGCGUGUGGUGAUGAAGGGGGGGCAUGUGUUCAAGUUGCGAGGUUGUAUGUUUUGUUUUUUGUUAAAAAAUUAUUCAUUGUUGAUCACAAAAAAGUAAUUUUUCAGGAGAGAGAUGAGAGAGAAAACCAAAAGACAUUGUUCUGUUUUUAGUGUUUCUGAUUUGUCAUGUUGAUACUGUUUACCUAAUAAACUGGCAACAUUCCCAGAAUGCAUCACUCCUAAAGUGAAUGAGCCUAAAUGUUUGCGUGGGGGCCCAGAGUAGACUCUUAAAGGGGUGAUAGAAUGAUUAUAUAGGGUAUUUGCUAAUGGGGUAUGUAACAUUGGUUGGGCU